CCUCUUUAACUUUUCCUCAAACCUGUUCCUGUUAUAGACCAGUUUUAGGUCCUAUAAGCUUAAUUAUUGGACACAGUUGUAGACUUAACUUUUUUUUUCUGUGUGAGCAUCAUGUUUCUGGAGGUCUUUCCAGAGAUUUUGGGCUUUAUUUUAACCACUUCAGGGUGGAUACUGGUAUCUUCAACCUUGCAUACGGACUACUGGAAGAUAGCUUCACUUUAUGGAACUGUGAUCAACACAAACGCCCUCUAUUCCAAUCUGUGGAAACUCUGUGUCACUGAUUCAGCAGGAACAAGCGACUGCAAAGGCUUUCCCUCCAUGCUGGCAUUGGAUGGUUACAUUCAGGCUUGCAGAGGACUGAUGAUUUCAGCUGUGUGUCUAGGGUUUUUUGGUAGUUUAUUUGCUCUAAUUGGAAUGAAGUGCACAAAAAUAGGUGGAAGUGACAAAACCAAAGCAAGGAUCGCAUGCAUUGCUGGUGUCAUUUUCAUUCUCAGUGGUUUCUGCUCAUUUUCAGGAUGUUCAGUCUAUGCGUUUCAGAUUACAUCAGAGUUUUUUGACCCGAUGUUUAUGGAACUAAAGUAUGACUUCGGAGUUGCUCUCUUUGUUGGAUGGGGAGGGUCUGUCCUUUGUAUUUCUGGUGGGAGUAUAUUCUGUUACUCCAUCAAACGUGCUUUUACCAAAAGAGAGGAACUAUAUAACUACAAAGACGCUGCCUCACAUUCUCGUACCUCUUCCUACCUGACAGGGCAAGCAGAAAAUAUAACCCGGCCUCCUUCAGAUGACAGCAAAUCCUCCCAGACAAAAUACUUUGAGAGGAUUGUGUGAGAAAUGUGCGUAUGAAAGGAUUUGAGCCUGAUAUAUAUCUAGAUAUACUGUAAAAUAAAGUGUCAAACAAAGCACAUACCACUAAAACUGACAGCUGAUGAUACUAAUUUGUGGCCUACAAGUAUCAAGUUAAAAAUUUAGUAUGAAUUUCUAUGACUUAUAGUUGCAUAUAGGACUAGAAAUAAUAAUUUGUUAAUCAUGCACUCAAUGUUAAAUUUAUGUUACCAAACCUGUAGCCGCAAUGUAAUGUAAACAUGCUUAGAGUGUGUGUGUGAGGGACUGGAGUGGGAUGAAUAAGAGUGAAUGGUUGGAUGCGAAUGAUAUUUUUAUAUAGAUGGAGUUAUGGAAAUGCACUGUGUACUGCUCUGUGUAUGUUUUAAUUUUUAUUAAUGUUUGCUUUUUUAAUGAUAACAUCAGCCUGCCCAAGGACAACAGGUGGAAAUUAGCACUAGUGCUACAACCUGGCACACUACAGCUCUCCUGUUUAAGGUUAAUGUAUAUUGUGCAUUGACCCUGCCUAGAUAAAUAAAUAAAAUACAAAAAAACAUGUCUGUGCUAUAAAUACAGAAGAAAAUCAUAGUGAAGGGAAAUCAUAUUGGGCCUUUUUUUGUUGUAAAAAUUAAAUGUUAUACUUAAUUAUGUAGCAAUAUGAGGGACGUUUGCUUGGUUGGUUAUGAUUUUAAUUGUAAGCAAUUCUAAGCUUCAUGUGUUGUUAAUCUGCGAUGAUAGCAUUAAGAACUUUAUAUACACAGCACAUCUAUUUUAUCUAUAAACAAACAAAAGAGGAAGCAAUUGUUUUUCCUAUUGUUCUAGAAUUUUUUUUUUUUUUUAUCAGCAGAUGGUAUGGCAGCUUUUUGAAGUUUGUAUAAUAUUCUAGUAGAGGUUUGAUCUGUAUUCAACAGAAUUCAUUGUAAUAAAAACCAUGAG